AUGUCAAAAUUUAUAAUCUGUGUCAUAUAACCUCAAAAUUUGUUUUGUUUGUUUACAUCUUAUAUUCGUAAUCUAAACAUUUUUAGGAAUAUAAUGUGAAAACAAUCAGUAAAAAAUAAACGAAAUACUGAAAUCAUGAACGAUAAAAAUGCUCUACUAAAAAUUUGUGGCUCUGUAGUAGCUUUAGGAUUUGCUGGUGCAACAUAUUUGGCCAUCCGCAGAUAUAGAAAAAAAUACACUUUACGUGAUGCUGUGAAUGCUUUUAACUACUUACAAAUUAAAACAAUUACCACCGAAACAGAAUGCGAUCAAGUCGUGCAUGAUUUAAGGCGGAGAUGUUCAAAGCAUAAAGCCAUUGGUUUUGACUGUGAGUGGGUCACUGAGGGAGGCAAGAAGCGUCCGGUGGCACUGAUGCAGCUGUCAUCCAUAGACGGCCUUUGUGGUCUGUUCAGAUUACCUCAUUUGAAAGGCAUCCCACCAUCUCUGAGGGAGCUACUAGAAGAUGAAAACAUUUAUAAAGUGGGAGUGGCUCCAAUAGAUGAUGCAGCAUUCCUAUUCCAAGAUUACUCUGUCAACUUAAAAUCAUCUUUAGACCUGCGGCAUAUAGCUCAACUUUGCGGAUAUGACCCUGGGGGACUAGCAUCUCUAGCUAAACAGCUUCUAGCUGUUAUACUAGAUAAAAGCUGGAGGAUUAGAUGCAGCGACUGGGAGGCGGAGACACUGACCGAAAGACAAGUCAAAUAUGCUGCAGCCGAUGCCCAUGUUGCCAUAAAAAUAUUUGGCCUUCUUGCUGAAGAGUUUGAAAACCGUGGACUGUUCAGUUGGUUCAAGAAAAGAUCUUCUGAUAGAAAUUCUCUAGAUGAAGUAUGCCUGAUGUAUAGAAAUACUCAUUUCAAACCACCUAAAAAGGAAUCAAGUUCGAAAAAGAAAGAGGGUAAAGGAGGCAAAGGCGAGAAGGACGAAGCGCUAACAGGCAAGCGCUACCCGCACGCCACUCGCUCCAAGCCGCUGUACACCAACUGCUUCCUGCGCGCUCCGGACGGGGACCUCUUGUGCACUUGCGACAAAAAGAAGGCACUUUGGUACGUCGAGAAGCAACUAGCAGACAUUAUACAGGAUGAACCAUUGAUAGUGCAGCUGCGGUUCGAGCCGGCCGGGCGCUCCGUGGGGGACGUGGGCCGCUACUACACGCUGCAGAAGGAGAACCGGUGUGUCGUGUGCGGCAGCAGUGACUCUUAUAUACGCAAGAAUGUUGUGCCGCGGGAGUAUCGGAAGUACUUUCCUGAGGUGAUGAAGGACCACUCGUCCCAUGACGUGGUGCUACUCUGCGCGAGCUGCCACCAGCGCAGCAACAUGCUGGACCGCGGCGUGCGCGCGCGCCUCGCGGCCGAGUGUGGGGCACCCCUCGCCUCCACCCCGGAGUCUAGCAAGUACAUAGAGGACAACGCUGCCAAAAAAGUGAAGUCAGCGGCGCGCGCCCUCCUCCACCAGUCCAAGCGGCACGUGCUGCCGCCGGCGCGGGUCAAGGAACUCGAGGGAAUCAUCCUGGAGAACUACCCGCAGAGUGACGAGAUCACCCAGGAACUGCUCGAGGAAGCGGCGAAUAUACAAGUCGUCUACGAGAACGAAGACUACGAGUCUCACGGCAACAAGGUGGUGGAGCACUACUCGAGACACGAGGGUCUGCUGAGACUGGAGGAGCUGUGGCGGCGGCACUUCCUCGCCAGCAUGCGGCCCCGCCACCUGCCGCCGCUGUGGUCGCUCACGCACAAUGAGGAGAGAUUGCGAAUCCGCUACAACGAGGGGCGCUUAAAUGAGGAAGACAAGAAGUUGUUGGGGCUUACUAUGGAAUAGGAGGCCAUGAUUAACAUAAUAUUUACAUUGCACAGAGUCGAUAUACUAUAAUAUUAUUAAAAUGUUUAAAAUAAACUAAAAGAGUA